UUAUCAGUGGAGUUUGUCUCUUCCGUCUCAGCAGGAUCCAAAGAGCAGCAGCCGAGAGACACAGAAGGGAGAGGCCGACGACAGGGACACGGGGAGAUAUUGAGAGGGAAAUACGCAGAGAAAUACCGGGAUACAGGGAAUAAACUCAUUGGGAGUCUGUGCCCCUUCCCACAAUCCCGUCUGUUGGGCCCUGUGGUACCUGAUCACUGAACUCUCGUUGGAUCUAAAGGAAAGACAAAGAUGGAUUCAGUCCCAGUCCUGCUGGUUGUUCUCCUGGCUCUUCUGAGUGUCAGUUCUGCACAAGAUUACGACUGUAACGAGCCAAUGGAAUCGAACGCUAAAGGGGGGAAAGUGAUCAGAUGGUCGUAUGACAAAAUGAUGGGGAAGUGUAAGCCCACUGUACAAGGAGAGCAACGCGGGACUCGCAACAGUUUCACCAGCGAGAAGCAAUGUCUGAUGACGUGUUCCAGUGACUACGACAAUAUUUACCCACCAGGGGAUGCCGUGUGUGACCUCCCAGUCGAGUCAGGACCCUGCUUGGCCUUGAUACCCAUGUGGUCUUAUAAUAAGGAGCGUAAGCUCUGCGAGUCUUUCCUGUACAGCGGCUGUCAGGGAAACGGCAACCGAUUUGAGAAUAAGGACAACUGCACCAGUCUGUGUAUUAACCCCAAGAAAGGAAGAACUGGGGGAGCAGAUGUGAGUGGGGAGCAGGCGUCGGAGACAGACGCAGGUCUGGUUAUUGGAAUUAUAUGUGGAGUCGUAUUCGGGGCGGCGUUCCUGGUGACGCUCUCGUUAUACCUGGUGCAGAGGAAGAAGCUGAAGAAGCAACACAAGCCGGUCCCAACGGUGGAGAUGACAUGAGAUUUGAAGCCCAAAUUCUGAGCAGACGAGGGGGGUUUUAUCUGUGAAAUUGAUUUUUUUUUACUUUUGGUUCAAUGAACUUUAAGAAAAUAAACAUAAAUAUAACUGUA